AUGUCACAAGCUGUGACAGAAACUCAUCAGACCGGUCCCAUACCCAAUGGAUGCGGGGAAACUGAUGAACUGACUAUUGAGCCCUUGGAUACCGACAAGCAUGAUGACUCUUCAUCAAAAGCUUCUCCUGAUGGUGAUCUGAUGCAACUGUCUCCUACAUCGGCUAGAAGGAGAAGUACUCGUGCAUCUGCUCUUAAAGCCCAGGAGAAAAUUAAAUUUGAUGGUGUACUACCUGUCCCUGAAAAUGUUCCUUCGGAGAGUGGUCUUUCUGAUACAGCUGAGGACGAAGAAGACGGAGCCAGUGCUUCCAAAAAAAGAAAGCUCAUAACAGGAACUGAUAUGGACCAAUCCUCUCAUACUUUCUACAUCAAGGAAGAUAAUACAGGAGACGUUUGUGAAGUAUCCGAAGAAAGUGAUAUUUCUUCUCUUCACUCUGGAGAAGUUGCAGCUUUAAAAGCGGGUUAUGAUAAGGCUUGCGAAGAAACAGAUAUGCAAAAUGAGCAAACUCAGGAGAGAAACAUUAUCGUCAAAAGAUGUGAAGCUGAGUUGAGAUUAGAAGAAGCCCGAUUGUUGUUGUUAAGGAAAAUAAACUCCAGCCAAACCGUUGCUCAGCAAAAGGCAAAUGAAGCUAAACGCAUGACACCCAAUAUAGCUUUGAACAAUCCAGGAGGCGCUUACAAGCCUGCUGUGGCUCUUCCCAAGAAUGGAGCUUCUGCUCAGCGAACUAAUACUCCACAGAGACCAAAUACAGCUGGUGGUUUAACACAACAACAACAAGCAGAAUUGAUCAAGCUUUCAUCAACUAAUCCUCAGAUGCUGCAGCAGCUAUUACAAAUGGCUAAGAAUGGAAAGAGUCCUCAGCAACUUCAAUCAUUUGUUGCCGCUCUUGUCGCCCAACAACAACAGCAGCACCAGCAGCUUAAGGACCAACAAAUAAAGGACCAACAAGCUAAAGAAGCUCUUAUGAAAGAACAACAACAACAGAAUGCUCAACUCAACGCUGCUAAGAACUUCGCUGCAUUGACACCUCAGCAACGAGCCGCAAACGCUCGACAAGCUUUCCGCCUCCAAGCUGAUAAACAGCUAACUCAGAACUUAAAUACACCCAAGGCUCAUCCUGUCGAUUUCAACUUUGUGCCCAAUCCUAAUCAACCCGAUUUCUGUCACUUAGUUGCUUUAGACUUAAUUGUGCAGAGAUUGUUGAAGGAUAAAAUGUCAACAGUAAAUGUGUCUGAGAAGCCGUAUGAGUGUGAAGAGUGUCAUACUGAUUUCUCACCAUCAUGGAAAGCUAUGGGAUCUCCUGAUGAUUUACAUUUAUAUUGUGAGCGUUGUGUACACGCAACACAAAAGAAGAAAAUCCAAAAGGAUCAUACAGCAUAUCUUCGUAAAGCUUUCAAUAAAGUUCAAAUACAAGAGAAGGAGUUCGAGAAACAAAUUGCAGAGGGCAAGUUGGAUGCUGUCAUGGCUGCCGCUGCCCAAGCAGUUACAGCUCCUUCAACUCCAUCCCUCUCUACCAAACAAAAUGGCACUAGUAGUACCCCCAACACUGUUAAACCUUCAACCCCCUCAACUACCUCCUCGGCUAGAACGCCAUCGACGCCUAGUUCCGCUUCAGCAUCUACUAAGAAUAAAAAUAGUGGAAUGUCAUUUGGCAAUAUGAGCCAGAUGCAAAUGGCAAUGCUCCUACGGAACCCCAUGAUGGCCAGCCUCAUGAAUGGAGUUCCCGCUAACUCAGCUAGUCUGAAUACAGCAGUCACCAACAUGAUGAUGUAUUCGCCCGUCAUGCAGAUGUUCUUAGCUGCUCAGCAACAACAACAGCAACAACAACAACAACAAUCACGAGGAAACCAGCAGGCCGCUCAACCGAACAUGGCGGCUAUGCUCUUGAAUGCAGCGAUGUCAGCACAAGCUCAAGGUGGGAUAACGAACUUUGCGAACAUGAACUCAGCAGCUAUGCUUGCGAACCCGCAACUUAUGAGACAAUUCCAAGAACAGUUUCUGAAUGAGCAUGAUAACUUGUUAAUCUGA